GUGUUUUAUAAGAAGGAAGUAGGAGCUGGCACAGCUGUAAAAGAGACUCCAGAGAUUGAGAGAGUAAAGAAAAAUCAACAGAAUAUUAGUUCAAUUAAAUAUAAGGAAGAAAUUCAGCACGCAACAACUAUUUCUGAUCCACCUGAACUAAGGAGAGUUAAGGAAAACCAGAAGAAUAUUAGCAAUGUUCAGUACAAAGAACAGCUCUGCAAAGCUACACCUGUGAGUCUCACCCCUGAGAUUGAAAGAGUCAAGAGGAAUCAAGAGAAUGUCAGCAUGGUUCACUACAGAGAGCAGCCUGGCAAAGCUACUGCUGUGAGUGUCACUCCUGAGAUAGAGAGAGUCAAGAAGAAUCAAGACAAUAUCAGCUCGGUCAAGUACAGCAGUGAUCAGAGGCAGAUGAAAGGUAGACAUAGUAUGCUUCUAGACACACCUGAGCUAAGGCAUGUCAAAGAAACUCAAAACAACAUCUCAAUGGUAAAAUACCAUGAAGAUUUUGAGAAGACAAAGGGCAGAGGCUUCACCCCAGUGGUAGAUGAUCCUGUAACCGAGCGGGUGCGGAAAAACACCCAAAUUGUGAGUGAUGCAGCAUAUAAAGGUGUGCAUCCACAUAUUGUUGAAAUGGAUAGAAGACCAGGAAUAAUUGUUG